AUGGCCGCAGAAAACAUGCCAACAAUACUGAUUCCAAUCAAGCUCACGAGUGAUAUAUAUAACUAUCGAGAGUGGAAGUUUUUCUCUCUUUCAUAUUUUCACCACCACCAUCUUUCUGGAAUCAUUGACGGAACAGAGCCUCCUCCUGAUCUGCAAUCCCAAUCGCCUGAAUUUAUUAAAUGGUGGAGAAGAGAUCAAGAGGCUUUAAACUGGCUGAAAGCCACUCUAUCUGAUGGUCUCCGACAACGUGUCAUGGUCACAGCCGACUCUGCACGAAAGGUCUGGCUCAAUCUGGAGGCACACUUUGCCGGUCUCGUUCACACUGACAUCCAUAGGAUCAAAUAUCAUCUGCACAAAGUGAGGAAAGAUGUCACUAUGUCAAUGGCUGACUAUCUCAAACAAAUCAAAGAGCUGGCGGAGAUGCUUGCAGAUGCUGGUGCUCCUGUGGAAGAUCGCGACCUUCUUCAUCUACACAUCCUGCCGGGAUUGCCAGAGGAGUAUAAUCCCUUUCGUGCUUGGAUAAACAACAAUCCUCUAAUAAGUUUUUGGGAUGAGUUUCAAGACUUACUGUUGAAGGAGGAAGUACAUCUGGAUGAACAGAGCAGAAGUGCUGCCAUAAAUCAUUAUCAGGAUGGCCGAGAAGAAGACCAUGCCAUUGGGAUCGAUCUGGGAACAACGUAUUCCCGAGUAGCCGUGUGGCAGAAGGAUCAUGUGGAAAUCAUACUGAAUGAUCACGGGAACAGGAAGACUGCAUCUUAUGUUGCCGCCGCAGAAACUGAUGAGACUGUUUUGGUAGGCGAUGCAGCAUUUAACCAAGUCGUCAGAAACACCGCCAACUCAAUUUUUGAUACAAAGAGGUUAAUCGGUAGGAGAUUCAGUGACACCUCUGUUCAAAGUGAUGUGAAGCUCUGGCCAUUCAAGGUCAUUGAAAGCCCAGGUGACAAGCCCCUGAUUUUGGUUACCCACAAUGGCCUAGAGAAACAAUGUUAUGCUGAAGAUAUCACAGCCAUGGUUCUUGAUAAGAUGCGGAAGAUUGCCGAGAACUACCUGGGCUCAACCGUGAAAAGUGCAGUUAUCACUGUCCCUGCUUACUUCAGUGACUCACAGCGUCAGGCAACAAAAGCUGCUGGUCUUUCUGCAGGCCUAAAUGUGAUGCGUAUUAUGAACGAACCGAGCGCUGCCGCCAUUUCUUUUGGCCUUUACAAGAAGGCCGGGUGGAGUAGCCCGCGAAACGUGAUGAUAUUUGAUUUGGGUGGUGGCACUUUAGAUGUGUCCUUGCUUACCAUGAGCACUUCUGGUGACUUUCAAGUCAAGGCAACGGCUGGAGACACUCACCUUGGCGGCCAAGACUUUGAUAACAGAUUGGUGAACUACUGUGCUAAGAAAUUCAAGAGGAAGCAUAAAUUGGACGUUAGUGGAAACAAGAGAGCUCUUAGGAGGUUAAAAAAUGAAUGUGAGAAGGCAAAGAAGAGACUCUCAUUUGAGUCUGACAUUGACGUUGAAAUUGACUGUUUGUGUGAGAAUAUUGAUUUCACAAUAACUUUUACUCGUGCCAUAUUUGAACAAGUAAACAUGGAUUUAUUCAUCAAGUGUAUGGAUCCUGUGAAAAAGUGUUUGGCAUAUGCAAAAAUGGACAUAAACGGUGUCGAUGAUGUUCUUCUUGUGGGCGGCUCUUCUAGAAUUCCAAUGGUGCAGCAGCUAUUACAGAAGUUUUUCAAGGGGAAGGAGCUGUGCAAGGGCGUCAAUCCAGAUGAGGCAGUGGCGUCUGGUGCCGCUAUUCAAGCCGCGGCCUUGAGUGGGAAUGGAAAGGGGAAGUUUAUUCAAGACUUCACUCUCAAGGAUGUCACUCCUCUGCCGCUUGUUAUGGAGGGUACAGAUGUUAAAUGUUUGAAAAAAUUAAUGAUAUUGAUUCCAAGAGCCACUAUAACUCCCGUGAGGAAGUGCAUAGAAUUUUGUACCGUUAAGGACAACCAGGUUUUGAUUGACUUCCGCAUAUAUGAAGGUGAGAGUAGCAUACCAGGAAAUCUCAACUUUUUGGCUGAAUGCAGCCUCCCUGGCAUUCCUCCAGCUCCCAAACAUGUUCAUAUAUUCCAUGUUUUCUUCGAAAUUGAUGCCGACGGUAUCUUGAGUGUCUCUGCUGUCAAUAAGUCCACUGGCCAGAAGUAUGAGAUGAUAAUCAACCGAGACAGGCCGAAGAACUUUGAGGGAGAUGAGACUUAA